AUGCCAAUGAUCAUGACCAAGGAUCACCUCUACCAGAAAUACUCAGAUGCCUUGAACGCCCAGUACUUCACCCAUGCAAAGCUGUUGAGUCUCACUCACUUCCAUAAGAUGUUCAAAGGUGAACACAGGCACAUCAAGUUCCCUUGGUUCUGUGUCCUCAGGCAGUGCAAUAUCUGUGCCUCAACAAAUGACACCCUCACCAACUGGACAAUGAGCACAAGAGAGCAGGCGCAGCUGAAGCAGUGGAAGCUGGAUCACCUCAAGCUUGUUGAGGUGGAGCAGAAAGCUUAUCACCUCCACCAGCAGGAGGCUGUUGCUGAUCCCAGUGCGACCUUCCAGGAGAACAAGAACAAGUACAUGCUGGCCUACUGCCACUGGCUGGUGUUCAACAAGGUGUUUUGA